CCCUCUGGAUGUGGGCGGCGGCAACAAGCGUUUUCCUCCGCAUUCCUCGAUCUCGUCGUCAGGUCGUCGGGUUCGAAGCUGUUGUCUUCGAAAAGUUUGUGCAGAGAAAGUUGGCUCAUGUUUUGGAGACAUUUAUUCUUGUCGUCACUGUACUCAACGGUGUCAUCAUCAAGACUGUUUCAAAUUUCACGGCAACACCAACAGCACCCGAGUGGUGCAACCUACAGGACAAGAUGAUCCAUCACCGUCCAUCCAUCUUUCUAAAAGCUGUACAUCGGGUUUUCAAUGGAACGCAUUCAUUCCAUUCGGUUUCUGGCCACGGAGCUGCCGGAAGAUCAUCCGUGACAAAAACAGGACGGCGUUCUUACUAUUUCCCCACGGCUGUUGGACUGUCAGUGGCCAUUCCGGCCGUGUGGUACUAUAGCCUAGACUCUACAAGUAAGCGUAAUGUACGAACUUCAGUCGGAGGAGUCCGUAGGUUCAUAAAGACUCUAGGAAUUGGUCUUACAAUUUCCUGCGACUACUCGUACAGCCUGUGGGGUCGCACUGAGGGCACUGAGGAGUACAAGACAGCAAUAAAGGCAUGUCACCAGCGUGGUGCUGAUCGCAUUCUCAGUGGCUGCCUCGCAAAUGGGGGUCUCUACAUCAAGCUCGGACAGAGUCUAGUUGCCUUAAACCACCUCCUGCCUCGAGAAUACCUCGACACUCUUGAAGUUCUACAUGACCAAGCUUUGGUUCGAGUUGGGGACGAGAUCAAUGAACUGUUCUACGAGGACUUUGGUUGUCUGCCAGAAAAGCUCUUUGCACAGUUUGAUCGAUCACCCAUAGCAGCUGCAAGCCUAGCACAGGUCUUCAAGGCAAAGACGCACGAAGGAAAAAAUGUGGCUGUUAAGGUUCAGUUUAUUGACCUGCAGCAGCGCUUCACUGGGGACUUGAAUGGCAUUGGCAUCCUCUUGCACGUCGUCAGUUGGAUGCACCCAAACUUCAACUUUGCCUGGAUUCUGGAUUAUCUGAAGUCUUGCCUGGUGAAGGAGCUCGACUUUGAGCAUGAAGCCUGCAACAUGGAGCGAUGUGCCCGGGACCUGAAGCACCUUCGAUUUGUCUAUGUCCCUAAAGUCCAGUGGCCAGAAACAAGUAAAAGAGUGCUCACAAUGGAGUUCAUUGAUGGUGUCAAGAUCAGUGACUUACAGGGUAUCAGGAGACUUGGGCUUGAUUUGGCCGAUGUUGACCGUAAAAUGGUGGCUGCUUUUGCAGAACAGUUGUUUCAUACUGGAUUUGUCCAUGCAGAUCCACACCCUGGAAAUGUGUUUGUCCAGAAAGGGGAAGACGGAAAAGCUCGGAUUGUGCUUCUGGACCACGGGCUCUAUGAAGACAUAACCAACGAGAAUCGUCUGUCUCUCUGCCAGCUCUGGAAGGCAAUCAUCAUGAACGAUCAAGUGGCCAUGAAGGCACACUCACUCGAGCUGGGGGUUUCAAACUACCCGGUCUUCUGUGAGAUCCUGAUGCAGCGACCCCUUCGGCGGCCUACGCUGCGCAUCCGGAACCGCCUAUCUUCUGAGGACGUGGGCUACAUGCGCACCAUGGUGCAAGGCCAUUUCGACGAGGUUAUGGACUGCAUCCGCAGCCUGCCACGACCAAUGCUGCUGGUUUUCAGGAACAUCAACACGGUGCGUUCCAUAACAAAAAACCACGGUCAUCCUGUGGAUCGGUUCACGCUGAUGGCUCGCAUCGCCACACGACACCACGCUUCCAGCCAGGGCCGCAGUAGUGGUUUUAGAGUUUGGCUGCAGUGCUGGUGGAGUUACUUCGUGUUUGAGUGUAAACUCAGACUGGAGUACUGGCACAUGCAGCUCUCAAUGCUUUAUCUGCGCUGCUGUCUUCAUCUGAGAGGACCGAACAAGGACCUAGAAUAUCUGCUGGAUCUCGCUUCUGGGGAUGUUUCACCUGUGUAGGACUUUUAAAAGUUAUAGUUUGCUCGUAUUUAUGUAGAGCAAUAAAUCUAUGUUACUUUACAGCAUCA